AUGGGCGAACAUCAAACGGCCGCUGCAGGCCAGGUCGAAACAGCACUGCAGGGCAGUACAAAGCCGAGGCCUAAACCAAGUAUUUCUCCGCCUAGAGAGAACAAUGGUCACGUCGCCAAACCAACCGCAUUAAGUCCUCAAGCAGUCCCCCCCGAGAAAAUGUCGCAAUUGCUGCUGGCAGAAGGCCCAUUGGCGAUUCGGUUCAUCACGAAGGCGCUCUGUAAGGAGGUUGAUGGGUUUAAACAUCUUUCUGCGUCGAAGCAGAGACGUCUGAUCAUGGGUGCCUUAGAGGCGGGAGAUCGUGACAACUCGGUGAUAUUUGCCAAGAUCGGCUGGGGUCAAUGGUCGGCUCGCAAGGUCGGGGAACGGGACUUCGAAAAGGAGCGCGAAGCCACCAACAUCGCUAACAGCAAGAUCAAAGAUCUGGUGUCGCAGGAGCGCCGCAGGAGCAGCAACGGCGGUGCAGGCGUCAAAAAACCCUCCGCGCCCGUGAAGCGCGAGUUUGAAGUUCACGAGCGCCCAGUGUUCCUGGACGAAAACGCGGUUGCCUCGGAGGAUGAAGACGACGACAACGGCCCCUCCACGCGCGACGAAUUUUACGACGAAAACGACUUGAAUGAAAACCCAACGAUACCAUAUGAUCACUUCAAAAGACGCAAAUCUAGCGUCGUCUACGGAGACUCGCCUCCGGAGGAGCCUGGCCAUGAAUCAAUUUCUCAGGCCAUCCGUCCCAUUUUGAAAAACUACGGCCGUAGGCGGUCAUCUUCGAAGCUACUCUCCCCAUCGCUAUCAAAGCGCGGCUCAUACCGCGGGUCAAACGGCAGCUCGGAUCUCAUAUCUGAAACUUCGAGGAGACGGCUGUCGUCCACGACAGACGAGUUCCCUGGCCGGAACAUGAUUGACUUGCAGGUUAGAGCGCCGAAGGACCCUGAGUUUCUGGGAGAACAUAGUCGCGGCCGGGAGCCGCGCUCCUCUUUCUCUAAAGAAUCAAGCAUUAGGUCUACCUUGGCGGCCCACUCCGCAUACCGCACUAGCCCCGCUGGACGCCUGGCGGCUACCGGCAGUGACAUAAUUCCGCGCAAGGACUCUGCGUACCAGCUAAGCAGUCCUUCCCCGCGCGAAAGUGACCAUCCAGAUCGCUCUGACACGGAUGAGGAGGACUGGGAGCACAUUGGCGCCGAAUCUUUGAGGAAUAGCCGCGCACCCUCUCUAAUACGAUCACCUAACAUGAAUCCCGCGCCAAACCUUCCGGCUGACCACCAGCCCUCACACAUGUCACUGAGUCCCCCCGCUAUGAAAGAAUCGGAUAAGCGUGAAAAAGCGCAGCAGCAGGAACCUGUUGCGGAGACAGAGGAUGCGGCAAUACUUCUUAUGAGCCUCAAGUCCUAA